AUGGCCGGCCUCCUUCGGCAUCACCACCGCCACGAUCCCCCCUUGGGCGAGAUACCGGUCCCGCACGGCCCCGUCACAGGCGCAGAACAUGAGCACUACCCAGCCAGGCCCGGCGCCUCGGACCAGGAGCGUGACAUCUUCGGCUACUUGACCCACCCGGACGACUGCUACACCGAGGAUGGCGUGUACUGGGCCGACCUUCCGUUGAGGAAACGCAUCGCCUUCGUCAACAAGGUUCAGAACGAGGAGGCGAAGAAGGAGCUGCGCACCAUUGGCAGCAUGAUCAAGGCCGACCCCCUCAGUCCCGUCUCCUGGUACUUCCGCAACGCCGUGCUUCCGGGCGCCGGCCUCGGUCUGGAAGGCUACGUGCUCUUCAGCAUCGGCAACCUCGAGCCUCUGUUCAAGUCGGCCUGGCCGUCCUGCUGGGGGAAGCACCCGACGGAAUGCAGCGCCAACUGGGUCGCGUCGGUCACGUACCUGGAGGUCAUCGGUAUCAUGGUCGGCCAGAUGGCUGUGGGCGUCAUCGGAGACUGGAUUGGCCGCCGCUGGGGCUUGAUCCAGGAUGCUGCCAUCAUGUUUGUCGGGUUGCUCAUGAUCACGGCUAGCUGGGGCCUGAAUCUGAACGGCUGGGUCAUCUGCUACGCCUGGUCUCUGUUCUUCUACGGCUUCGGCGUCGGUGGAGAAUACCCGAUCACGGCGACAUCAUCCAUGGAGAACGCUGUCUCGGCCGGGAAGCUCUCGACCCGCGAGGACCGCUUGCACCGUGGCCGGAAGGUCACCAUGGCCUUCCUGAUGCAGGGCUGGGGCCAGCUCAUCAACCAGGCCAUUCUCAUCCUCCUGCUGUUGAUCCUCCACCACGGCGACGGGGACCCUCCGUACGGCCAGACAACCGUGCAGUGGAUCUGGCGCUUGUCGUUCGCCAUCCCCGCCAUCGGGACCCUCUGGCUCGUCUAUUACCGCGCCUACAAGAUGCCGCACGCCAGCCGCCAGCUCGCCGCGGCCAAGAAGAAGAACAACGUCACGGGCUAUGACGUGGACUCCCUCCGCCUGGCCUGCACCUUCUUCGGAGGCCGCCUUCUGGCCACGGCCGGCACCUGGUUCUGCAACGACGUCUUCUUCUACGGCAACAAGCUCUUCCAGGCGCAGUUCAUCGCCGUCAUCAGUAACAACCCGUCCUCGGUCAUGACCGGCUGGAUCUGGAACCUGUACAACGUCAUCAUCUCGCUUGCCGGCUACUAUCUCGCCUCGCUGCUGAUCGACAACAAGUUCUACGGCCGCAAGAUGAUGCAGCAGGUCGGCUUCCUGAUGUGCUUCAUCAUGUUCGUCGUGCCGGCCUUCAACUACGAAUACUACACGUCGCCCGCCGGCAUCAAGGCCUUCCAGGCCAUGUACUUCCUCUCGAGCUUCUUCAACCAGUUCGGCCCCAACAGCGUGACCUUCCUGGUCGCCGGCGAGGUGUUCCCGACCCCGAUCCGGGCCUCGGCGCACGGCUUCUCGGCCUGCAUCGGCAAGUCGGGCGCCCUGCUGGCGUCGGUGCUGUACAACUUCAUCGACACGCAGACCAAGUUCUACGUCGUGCCCUGGUUCGGCCUCGCUGGCAUGCUGCUGACGUGGCUCUUCCUGCCGGACACGACGGGCCUGGACCUCAAGGAACAGGAGCGCCGCUGGACCUACAUCCGUGCGGGGCGCGGCAGCGAGUACCACGGCAUCGCCAUCCACCCGAAGCACCUCUCGCUGUGGGAGCGCAUCACGGGCGUCGGCAAGAACUACGACCCGGAGCUCGACAUCAAGCUCAAGAUCGAGGACAUGCGCGAGGAGUGGGCCGGCAAGGAGCGCCUCCGCCGCCAGAACGAGGUCUGCGGCGAGGCCCUGGGCCCCGAGGGCAUCGACGAUGAGGAGUGGAACGACCGGGUUACCGAGUACUUCCGCAACACGACCGACGUCGGCCUGCUGGUGCCGAAUAGUAACGGCAGCGGCAGCGGGAGCGGGAGCACAAGUCCCAGCACCACCACCGCAGGAAAGGGGGAUCACGAGGAGAAAAAGAAGACGACGACGAGCGCGCCUGGUGCGUCGCGACUGGAUGAAAAGUCUGGGGGGUCGUUGGAUAUCUCGCGAAGUUAA